UUCCCUGCCGGCCGGAGCUCACCAUGGCCGAAGACUUUACCGGGUCCCUGACUCCUCCGUGCUCGCCGUAUAUCACGGAGAGUUUGGAGCUCGAGGACAGCGAGGACUGUAGCCCGCCGCGCUUUACGUGUGCUCAGGACAGCUGCAAAGAUGGCGGGAAAAUAUUCUCCUUUGAUUCCUAUUUAACAACUGGCAGCUUAAAAAGGCUCUUGUUGAAGCUUGACCCUUCUCCGACUGACUAUGAGACGGACACCGUAGAGAUUUUUGGCUUUCAUUGGGUGACUGAAACUGCACUUGUAGAAUCCACCGAUGUUCUGUUUGGAUUGCUCAGGCAAAAAAUAAGUACGCUUGAAGGUUUAACACAGCCCAUUUCAUUUGACUUUGGACAAGUAAAUAACAUUCACAAUGAAGCUGAAGAAAUCCGAAACCAAUGCACAAAGUUUUUACAUUACGUAAAAGUGUUUUUAUACAGGUUUCUAGAUUCUUCAAGGCAGAAUGAAGGUUCACUAACUCAUCCCUAUGAGGAAAUGAAUGCUCAGCUUCCCUCCAAACUGAUAGAAGAGCUACAUGGGUUGAGUUUGUACAUUGGACGUUUGAGUGAUCUCCCAAAUCAAAUUCUUGGAGCAUUUUCUAUUCAACAUCAUGGCAAGGUUCUACCGGCUUCUUGGCAUCUGCUUCAUCUUCACCUGGAUAUACAUUGGUCUCUUUUGGAAAUCCUGCAGAUUUUGGGAGAGAAGAUGCAAGGUCAAAUUGUUUAUGCUCAUCAAUAUAUAAAUCUGAUUGGAGAGAACUUAACAAAUGUGAGCCUAUUUGAAGAGCUCUGUGAAAACCUCAUGUGUGGUCUUAUUGCUCUGGCAGCUACUAAGUAUUCCAAGGUACGCCCCUCUGAAGCUCUGAGUAGUCAUAUUUACCCUUGUCUAUGUAUUAAGGAGAUGUGGACUUUACUUAUUCAACUUCUUGAUCAUAGAAGCAAAGGAUCUUCUUCAGAGAGUUUUUGGACUUUGUUGAAUACGUUGUUAAGGCAUUUACUUCAGGGAUCCAGUGGUACUGGAGCACAUCCUAUUUGUACUGUGGUGCAAUGUAAAGACCCUUUGGGAUUUUGCUGGUGGUUAAUUUCACACCUGUCACCAUUGUAUCUACUAGAUCGCAGUGGCAUUGUAGAAGAGCAGGGUGAAAUAACAUCAAAUUGGAAGUUUGUGGAAGACCUUUUAAAGAAAUCUAGUGAUAUGCAGAAUGGAAUCCUAGAAGACCAACUUCGGAUGCAUCUACAGUGCUGUUUGUCUUUAUGUGACAUCUGGGAACCAAAUCUAACAGUAGCCACCAUCCUUUGGGAGUAUUACAGUAAAAAUUUGAACAGUUUGUUUAAUAUAUCAUGGCUUGGAUUAAAAUCACUGGCUAGUGUCAGUAAAACUCCUUUUUCCAUGCUGGAGGUCGUGAAAAGCUGUUGUGCUGAUGAACAGAGUUCUGAUUUGUACAAGUCUGAUAACAGCUACCUUAUUUUCUUACGGAUCAUGGCCCGCCUAAUGAAAAAGGCUAAAAAUAAUGUCGGUGCACAUCCCUGGAAGCAAAUUAAAGGAAGAAUCUACUCCAAAUUCCACCAAAGGAAGAUGCAGGAGCUCACAGAAGUUGGAUUGCAGAACUUUUUCACGCUUUUUCUGUUGCUGGCUACUUUAGCAGAGACAGAAGAUGUUACAUGCCGUGUAUUGGACCUCUUAAAGUUUCUAGUUCCUUCCAGUCUUAGUUCUGCUCAGCAGGCUCUAGUAUGGAGAGGUAACUUUGCAUUCAUACUUAUCUAUGUGGAGAAAAACAUGGAUAUAAGUGUUUUGGCUGAAAAACUCUCCCACAGUUUUCAUGAAACUGCCAAAGAGUUCUUAGUUUCUAAAGGAGACUAUGGCCAGAAACAUACACAUUGGACCCUGCUUUCUACAUAUAUUGAUGGUGUCCAAGAGGUUUUUGAAACCAGCUGCCUUCUACAACUUUCGGAAGAAAAAUUGCUGACUGAUGGUUUCAGUAUGUUACUGCCGGCAUGUCGGGAGUCAGAGUUAAGUGCUGUUCUUCAUUUUCUACAAACUGCCAUUGCUAGACUAAGGAACAUCCACAGCCGUGCAGUACAAGGACAUGGGAAUCCUGGGAUUCAGGCACUGUCUGUGUCCGUGGCAAAGGAGCGCCAUCUAGCAGUUGCUGCUGCUCUCUGGAGAAACUUCUUCCCAUUCUUGAAAAGUUUGAGACUUUCCCAAACGCCUACCUCCCAGUUAGCUGACACAGCAGCAGGAUACACACUUCUUGCUUUGGACAUGCCAAGCAGUGCCCCGUCUGACCUGCAGCCCCAGCCUUUUGUUUCAAUGAUGCAACUUUUUGGCUGGGAUGAUAUGGUCACACCCCAAUUGGUAUCUCGUUUUCUGAGCCAUUUGAUUCCGAACAGUGCAUUGACAGAUGCCCUCAAUGGCAUUGGAUAUUCCUCUCAUCAGGCCUUGUCAAUACGAGCUUGGAUUCGAUGUGUAUUGCAGAUGUAUAUUGAUCUGCCGGCAGGUGCCAUCAUUAAAACAGGCACUGAACCAAGCCGAGUUCUGGCAGAGCAGCUUGUGGAACUCACCAGAUUGGUGUUCAAGCUCCCAGAAACAGAAAGCAUACUAAGUAAAGCGCAAAUUGAGCAACACAAUUACAAACAAGAUCCAAAGCAAGCACUUCUCCAGUUCAUCAAGGCAACAGGUACAACAUAUGGUGGUUUACAAACCUUAUCAGAAAAGUCUGCCAUGGUAUCAAAAUGCCAAGAGUACAUUGGAGACAUAUUAAAGUAUGUAAAGCCAUACUUGACUAAGAAGGGCCCCGUGGAAGGCCUGCAGAUUACUUACAGGACCAUUGGAUAUCUUGUGCGGUACUGGGCAUUGAUUCUGGCCACUUCCAAAGCACAGCAGCUCCUCUUCCGCAUCAUUGAUUACCUGCUUUUACCACAUGCCUUGUUCCAACAAGAUAAGGGUUUGCUGCCAGCCAUGCUCUCUGCUAUACGUGAGACCCUUCCUCUCUUUCUCCAGGGCCUAUCCAUCAUAUCUCGUCAGUCCCAAGCCCAAGCUGCAUAUGUAAAACAGCAGCUAAAAAUGACUGUUCAGCAAUAUUUUGGAAGGUUUCUUCCUAGUGCCCCUGCAUCCGGAAGUCACCCGAUUCUUUUAGCUCUUUGUGAUUCUGUUCAAAGCCCACACACAGCCAACCUAAGAAGGACUGUAAUGGAAGUCAUACGUGAUAGCUACUUGCAGUUCAAAGGUCAUGCACCCCCGCCUCGUUUAGCCACCAUUAUGUUAUUCAUACUGGAUGUUUUCCAGAGAACCAAGACUGUUGAUGUUGCAGAUGCUGAUUCUCUGCUCCCGUCUAUUCUAAAGUGCCUGAUAAUGGUCAAUGAACCUCAGGUAAAGAAGCUUUGCACAGAUACCCUGCAGAACAUGGUCGAAGGCUGUCAGGCUGUACCACAGGGGGAAGCUGCAACACGAUUCACAGCAAAUUUAAGGCAGUUUAUUCAAGAAAACUUUGCGAUGUAUGACUACCAUAUCUUUUCCAUUUUGGAGACCCUUGCUGUUUUAGACCAGUCACUUGUUGGCAGCCUGAUUCCCACCAUCAGUCAAAGUCUUAAAGAGUCAGAGCACAAACGUGGUCUUGGACGAAAUGCUUCAUCCAGGGAGGCUUACAGAAGAUUGCUGUCACACUUGGGUGAACAUGGACAAGAUGAGCUACGGACACUAGAAAAUGAAAGAUGUUAGCCUUCUAGGAAUGGCCACAAUGCCACUAUAACCAAACAUUCAGCAAAAAUUGUGUCUCAGAGAGUGUCAGACUUGUUUAAUACUGCUUUUACAACAACAGGAUCUAUGAGAACGUGAUCCAUUUCAUGAUAGAAUUGAACUAAACUUUACAUCUUCUCCCUAGAAGUUGUGUGUAAAUGUGCCUCCAAACGCUGUAUUCGCAGAAUAGUUUGUACAUACAUCCUUAUUGUGUUGUUUGUGGACUUUCAUUCUGCGGUCCACUAUUCUAAAAUGGUCGAGAUGUAAUAUAAAAACUUACUAAAAUGUUGUACAAAUGUAUAGAUUGCCUCCCUCAGCUGUCCAUGCGCUAAACUGAAAUAAACAGUAUU